ACUAAUAAUAUUCCUGGAGUCGGCAGUUACAAUCUGUUAGGUGAUCAUCAUGGUCCUAUUAAAGACUUGGAACUGAACAGAACAAGAUCCCUUAGCGGAUUAGAGCAAAGUGGAAGGACAUAUAAAGACAUAGGGUACAGACUCCCAGACAACAUUGAAAUGCAUAGGAAACUAAAAGAAGCGCAGGAUCAAAUCAAAAGCUUGGACAUUCUCCUCACGGGGGCCAACAAACAAAAGGAUAUGUUUGAAAAAAUUUAUAAAGUCUUGGAACAGAAGUUGUCUUCAGGUGAACAAAAUCUGAAAGAGCUAGAAAGUGAAAAGAACAAAUUAAACAAAGCCAUUUCAGAAUUGCAGAAGGAAAAUACAGAUUUGGAAAGCAAAAGAGCCAGCGCUGAACAUGAGAGCCAUGCUAUUUCUGCUCAGCUGGAAAAGGAAAAGAACACUGUAAAGAAUCUACAGAAAGAAUGCUCGUCACUUCAGUCUUAUGUCUGUAAACUUCAGAAUGAGGUGAAAGAACUAGAAUCUGAGAAAAUCAAAUUAGCCAAAAUCAUUUCAAAGUUGGAAAACACUAAAGCUAAUUUGGAGAAAGACAGGGAUGCCAUCUCUUCUUGUUUGAAUGAGGAAAAAGAAAGGUAUAAGAAAGAAUGUGCCACUUUGAUGUCAACAAUAACACAGUUGCAAAGGGAGGGGAAAAUCUAUGAUGAGGAAAACAAUCAAAUGGACAGAACAAUCCAAGAGCUAGUGACAAUGAAUGCCAGUCUAGAGAAAACUAAAGAUAUCAUUGCUACUCAGCUUGAAGCCGAGAGAGACAAGUCACAGAAAGAGUUAAAAUCAUCCAUAUCAGUAUUACUAGAGGAAUCAGAGGCAGAGAAAGUCAAGUUAAGCAGUAGAAUAACGGAGUUACAGAAAGAGACUUUAGAAUUGGGAAAGAAAUUAGAAAAUACUGAGCAAGAGUUUCAAUCUGUUUCAUCCCAACUUUUGGAAGAAAAGAGUUCAGUCAGCACUAUCAAAGAAGAAUGCUCAGCAAUGAAUUUUACCAUUUUAAAAAUGGAGAAUGAAAUAGCAGAUUCGAAAACUGAAAAAAUUAAUUUAGUCCAAGGUUUAUCAGAGUUAGAAAACGUUACAGCUAGUCUUGAGAAAGACAAAAAUGCCCUCUCUUCAUGCAUAGAGGAGGAAAUAGAAAAGUCUAAAAAAGAAUGUUCAGUUUUUAUGUCAUUAAUAACAGAACUAAAACAGAAACUUGAACAUUUUCACUCAGAAGUGGUUCAAUUAAAAAUAACAAUUGAUGAGCUAGAGAAAAAAAAUGCUAGCUUAGAGAAUGAUAAGAAAGCUAUUUCUUCCCAAUGGGAAUUCGAAAGAGACAAAUCACAGAUUGCACUUGAAGAAUCAGAGGCAUAA